CUCUAGUUAACAUGUUGUUUAGUCUAGGAAUUCAUGAUAAAGAGAAAUUGCCUGAUAGCAUGAUUGUAGAUGAUGAGCAAUCUAUAGGAAAUAAUAGAGAAAGAGAUAGUGAAAGAGAGAAUAUGAAUACUGCAGAAAAUACUGCCAGUAUUGAAGUUGAUAGUAGAGAAAUUACAUUAUUCUUAACUUAA